AUGGCUCCUACGCCCACCGAGCCGCCAUCGAGUGCUCACCCGAUUCCCAAGCUCCUCCUUCGCUGCUACGACAUCGCUCACCCUGGCAGCUCCGCCUUCUUCGGCACACCCCCUGCCGUGGACCAGACACUACAGGCGUCUUGCUCGACCGUCCUCUCCCGCCUUUACCCCUCGCCUCACGAACCUCCUCCACCUAUCCGGUCUGUCACGGUUAUACUAGAAGAGUUUGACGGCGUCGCAUACACCUGCGGCUCGAAGCUGGACGAAGAGCACAAGGAGGUCCACCUCUCGCUCUCGUAUCUCGCCGACGUUCAGAAGAAUGCGAAGGGCGACGGAGACCGCGUCGCCAACGAGGUGAUGGGCGUCUUGGUGCACGAGCUGGUCCAUGCGUUUCAGUUCAACGGGAAGGGAACGGUACCUGGCGGCGUGAUCGAGGGGAUCGCAGACUGGCUGAGAGGUGAGGCGGGACUUGCGCCGCCGCAUUGGAGGGAGCGACCCGGCGAGGACGACAAGUGGGACGCAGGAUACGAGCGGACGGGAUUCUUUCUCGCUUGGCUUUCCCGGCGCACCAGCAACCCUUCUUUGAUUCCGCAGCUCAACCGAAGACUCCAGAACGCGGCGUGGAACGACGGAGCUCAUUUGCGGGAACUGCUGGGGGGAAAGGAGCCGGAAGAGCUGUGGGAGGAGUACAAGAGGAGCUUUGACGGGAAGCGUGAGGAUGAGGACGAGGCGCCACAGCCUGUGCCAACGCACCGACCGCUUGCGCAAGGAGGAGCGCCAAGGAGCGGCUACAGCGUGCAGUACUAG